AUGAUCAACAUCCACUUACAAGCAACUCAAGAAUGGCUAACAUGCUGGGUUCUAGAUGUCAACUACGAAGAUCCAAAGCCGCUCCAAGAAGAGCUCGUGCAAAUCUUGGACUCGAUAGACAACAACCAAUUUACAAUACUCCUCUUGAAACAGCAUGACUGGUACUUGUACAACCUCAUACAAAUGAUGAUAUUGAAAACUGGAAAGAGCAUAGUUGUAAACUACGUUGCAGCAACAGCAGAUUCACCUGAAAAAUAUCUACAAAUGUUGCAUACUUUGGUCAAACAAAUUGAUGAUUCUGCUAUGGACUUGAAAAUUGGUUUUGCCCUAUCAAGAGAACAACUUGCAUUUUUGAUUUUGAAUGUGCCUGGUUUUAUAAAUCACUUGACACGUGGGGGAUCUAUUGAGGAAGCUAGUGAUGAUAUUGAUGUCGCUUUUCAAGAGUUUGUACAGAAAUAUCCCUCCAUCAAGUUGAUUAUAUCUUCACACAAGUUUCCAAUCGAAUAA